ACAUGGUUCGAGCAUGUCAGCAUGUUGGUCAUCCUUUUGAAUUGUGUCACAUUGGGAAUGUUUCAGCCCUGUGAAGAUGUGAAAUGUCAGUCUGAAAGGUGUACCAUACUUCAGGCCUUUGAUGACUUUAUUUUUGCAUUCUUUGCUGUGGAAAUGGUCACAAAGAUGGUGGCUCUUGGGAUAUUUGGGCAGAAGUGUUACCUAGGAGACACAUGGAAUCGUCUGGAUUUCUUCAUUGUAAUGGCAGGGAUGCUGGAAUAUUCACUGGAUGGACACAAUGUGAGUCUCUCAGCAAUACGAACUGUCCGAGUCCUCAGGCCAUUAAGAGCCAUUAACAGAGUUCCUAGUAUGAGGAUACUAGUGACAUUACUAUUAGAUACUCUGCCUAUGUUAGGCAAUGUUCUUCUCCUUUGUUUUUUUGUCUUCUUUAUAUUUGGGAUUGUUGGAGUGCAGCUCUGGGCUGGACUGCUGAGGAACAGAUGUUUUUAUGAAGACAGCUUUGCAAUGUAUUACAAUGUUUCUUUACCUCUAUAUUACCAGAUUGAUGGUGAUGAGACUCCAUUCAUUUGCUCACUGCCACGGGAUAAUGGCAUGCAGAAGUGUCAGGACCUUCCAAAUUUCAAGGAAAAUGGAGCUGAAUGUUUUCUUAGCUUAGAUUCUAACAACCACCCAAAGUACGGCCUGGAACUGAAGAACACAAGUGGCUGCAUAAACUGGAAUCAAUAUUACAAUGUGUGCCGAACCGGAGAUGUAAACCCACAUAAGGGUGCCAUUAAUUUUGAUAACAUAGGGUAUGCAUGGAUUGCUAUUUUUCAGGUUAUUACCCUGGAGGGAUGGGUGGAUAUCAUGUAUUAUGUUAUGGAUGCACAUUCUUUUUACAAUUUUAUAUAUUUUAUACUGCUUAUAAUAGUUGGUUCAUUCUUCAUGAUUAACCUGUGCCUGGUUGUCAUAGCAACACAAUUUUCAGAAACAAAGCAACGCGAAAAUCAAUUAAUGCAGGAGCAGCGAGCUCGCUUUCUUUCAAACGAUAGCACAAUUGCAAGUUUCUCUGAGCCAGGAAGCUGCUACGAGGAACUCCUGAGGUACAUUUGCCACCUCUACAGGAAAGUGAAGCGCCGAACUUUGCGGCUUUAUAAUACCUGGCGCAACAAAAGGCGUAAGAAGGUCAGCUCAAGCAGCUCAGAUGGACAGGAGAGGAAGUGCCGGAAUAAGGGACGCGUGAAGUCGAUUCAUCAUCUAAUUCAUCACCAUCACCACCACCACCACCAUCAUUAUCAUAUCAGCAACGGCAGUUCAAGGGCACAGCGGGGCAGCCCAGAGGUCUGUGACGUGGAGAUGAAAACCCUGAGGGUUGACAGCAGGCUCAUGCUUCCUUCCUCUGCACUCAACCAUCAGAGCCCCCCUUCAGGGGCUGAGUCCGUCCAUAGUAUCUACCAUGCUGACUGCCACUUUGAAGGGCCACAAGUAACGCGCAAGUCUUCCACUGCAGCUAACGUGAAGCUAAUGGCUGGCCUUACGCACCACGGGGGUAUGAACUAUCCGACUAUAGUCCCAUCUGUGACUAGCACAAACAGCUCCACACCAAAACCAAAGGACAAGAGAAGUGGUAAUGCAUCCUUCGCUGUGGGCAAAGUGAAGCCUAAGAUGAACUUGACAGAUUCCUUUGGCAAACUACACCACUUGGUGGGAGACCAUGGGAUCUUUCGAGCUGCAAGCAAGUUGUCAGGGCUCAAUAUGCCGUGUUCUACGGCAAGUACUCAGGCUGGAGACUUGACCUGUGAGCUUCAGAACUGUCCGUAUUGUGCCCGUGUCUUGGAAAACCCAGAGCUCGAGCUCAACGAUUCAGAAAGUGGUGAUUCUGAUGCCGAUGGUGUGUAUGAAUUCACACACGACGUCAGGCAAGGUGACCAAAGAGAUCAGAUACAGAAGAACAAAAAGAAACCAAAGGAAAUGAAUAAAUGCGUGCUGCUCUGGACAUUGUUCUCUGAAAAGAUGAAAAGAAUUGUUGAAAGCAAAUAUUUCAAUCGUGGGAUUAUGAUUGCCAUUCUGAUCAACACACUGAGCAUGGGUAUUGAGUAUCAUGAGCAGCCUGAAGAAUUGACCAAUGCCCUGGAGAUCAGCAACAUUGUAUUCACCAGCAUGUUUGCACUGGAGAUGAUCCUAAAGCUUCUUGCAUUUGGUCUUUUUGGUUACAUUAAGAAUCCAUACAACAUCUUCGAUGGAAUUGUUGUCAUUAUCAGUGUUUGGGAAAUUAUUGGUCAGUCCGAUGGUGGCCUCUCGGUACUGAGAACCUUCAGGCUCCUCCGAGUUUUGAAGCUGGUCCGUUUCCUACCUGCCCUGAGGCGACAACUGGUGGUCCUGAUGAAGACCAUGGACAACGUGGCUACAUUCUGCAUGCUGCUCAUGUUGUUCAUAUUUAUCUUCAGUAUUCUGGGCAUGCACCUGUUUGGAUGUAAAUUCAGCUUGAAGACUGAGAGUGGAGACACUAUUCCAGACAGAAAGAAUUUUGAUUCUUUGUUGUGGGCCAUUGUCACUGUCUUUCAGAUCCUAACUCAGGAGGAUUGGAAUGUGGUCCUAUAUAAUGGAAUGGCCUCAACCUCACCCUGGGCUGCCCUCUACUUUGUGGCAUUAAUGACUUUUGGCAACUAUGUGCUUUUCAACUUACUGGUUGCUAUUCUCGUGGAAGGGUUCCAAGCAGAGGGAGAUGCCAACAGAUCAGAAUCAGAUGAAGAAAAGACUUCAACCAAUUUCGACGAUGAGUGUGAACGACUUAAAGAUCCUUCUCCUGAAUUAAAAAUGUACUCAGUUGUCAUGACAUCAAACGGACACCUGGAUUCACGAGGCAGUGUACCACCACCAAUUAUUAUGCGGACUGCUGCAACCCCGAUGCCUACACCAAAGAGUUCACCUUAUAUGGAUUCAGUCCACACCUACACAGAGUCCAGACGGGGCAGCAGUGCUUCCAUUGAUCCUUUGAAUUAUGACCAGAGGUCGUUGUCCAGCAUUCGCAGUUCGCCAUGUGCCCCUUGGAGUACCAACAGCAACUGGGGCAGUCGUCGUUCAAGCUGGCACAGCCUCGGAAGGGCACCCAGUCUGAAAAAGAAGAAUCAGUCAAGCGAACGGGAAUCUCUCCUCUCCGGCGAAGGGCACGGAAGCUGUGAGGAAGAUAAUGAAUCAGAAGAUGCCAAGUCCAGCAAGGCCGGCAGUCUGAGUGGCUGGUCCUUGCAACAUCGGGCUGAAUCUUUGGACAUCAAAGGAUCCUUAGACCUACCCGAGUUACUUCAAGUACCAGUUAUGCGACAUCCUGUCACACUGAAUCCUAUAAGCAUAACACCUUGUGACUAUCAAGACUGCAAUGGCAAAACCUUACGUGUUCCAAAUGAGGUUCUCCUUCGUGUGGAUAACCACAAAGAUGACCCAAAUGAUUAUGAAGACGAGAUAGAUGAUGGUUACUGUUUUAGAAUCCGUAGAUUUCUGGAGCCUUACAAACCAGCAUGGUGUAAAACACAUGAGGACUGGGCUCUCUACCUCUUCGCUCCCCAAAACCGAUUCCGCAUCAUGUGCCAGAAGGUCAUUGCUCACAAAAUGUUUGAUCAUGUGGUACUGGUUUUCAUAUUUCUCAACUGCAUCACCAUUGCCCUUGAAAGACCUGAGAUUGACCCGAGCAGUACGGAGCGGAUGUUUCUGAGUGUCUCAAAUUAUAUCUUCACUGCUAUUUUUGUGGUUGAAAUGGCCCUUAAGGUUGUAGCAUUAGGAUUCUUUUCUGGUGAAAGUGCCUAUCUGCAGAGCAGUUGGAACAUUUUGGAUGGCAUCCUAGUCUUUGUCUCUGUAAUUGACAUAAUCGUCUCCCUGGCAUCAGCGGGAGGAGCGAAAAUCCUUGGCAUUCUCCGGGUGCUCCGUCUCUUGAGAACUCUGCGCCCUCUCCGGGUCAUCAGUCGAGCCCCAGGUCUUAAACUGGUAGUGGAAACCUUAAUCACUUCAUUGAGACCUAUUGGGAAUAUUGUCCUCAUCUGCUGUGCUUUCUUCAUCAUCUUCGGAAUCCUGGGGGUCCAGCUGUUUAAAGGCAAGUUUUACCACUGUGUUGGACAUGACACCAGGAACAUCACAAACAAGUCAGAUUGUUUCCAAGCUAACUUCAAAUGGGUUCGCCGUAAAUAUAAUUUUGAUAAUCUGGGACAGGCAUUGAUGUCACUCUUUGUUUUGUCCUCCAAAGAUGGCUGGGUAAAUAUAAUGUACCAUGGCCUCGAUGCUAUAGGGAUAGACAAACAGCCCCAGAGGAACCACAACCCAUGGAUGCUCCUGUACUUCAUCUCCUUCCUCCUGAUUGUCAGCUUCUUCGUGCUGAACAUGUUUGUGGGCGUCGUGGUGGAGAACUUCCACAAGUGCCGGCAGCAUCAGGAGGCCGAGGAAGCCCGCCGGAGGGAGGAGAAGCGCCUGCGCCGGCUGGAGAAAAAGCGCAGGAAAGCUCAACGUAGACCAUAUUAUGCUGACUAUUCCCCUGCUCGACUUUACAUCCAUAAAUUAUGUACCAACCACUAUCUGGAUCUGUUCAUCACAUUCAUUAUUGGUAUAAAUGUCAUCACCAUGUCCAUGGAACACUACCACCAACCAAUUUCCCUUGAAGAGGCUCUGAAGUAUUGUAACUACGUAUUCACCAUUGUCUUUGUCUUCGAAGCUGUUCUUAAGCUCAUUGCUUUUGGCUUCAGGAGAUUCUUUAAAGACAGGUGGAAUCAACUGGAUUUGGCUAUUGUGCUUCUCUCAAUAAUGGGAAUAACCCUGGAAGAAAUUGAAAUCAAUGCCUCACUCCCUAUAAACCCCACUAUCAUUCGCAUUAUGAGAGUACUACGGAUUGCAAGAGUGCUGAAACUACUCAAGAUGGCAACUGGAAUGAGAGCCUUACUCGACACAGUUGUGCAGGCUUUGCCGCAGGUGGGAAACCUUGGUUUAUUGUUCAUGCUUUUGUUUUUUAUCUACGCGGCUCUUGGAGUUGAACUCUUCGGAAAACUGGUGUGUAAUGAUGAAAAUCCAUGCGAGGGUUUGAGUCGACAUGCAACUUUCGAGAAUUUCGGGAUGGCAUUUCUUACUUUAUUCCGAGUGUCUACUGGUGAUAACUGGAAUGGAAUAAUGAAGGAUACAUUGCGAGAAUGUGGAAGUGAGGAUAGGCAUUGCCUCACCUACCUCCCUUUCUUCUCGCCUGUCUACUUUGUCACGUUUGUUCUAAUUGCUCAGUUUGUGCUGGUCAACGUUGUGGUCGCCGUGCUAAUGAAGCAUUUGGAAGAGAGCAACAAGGAAGCCAAAGAAGAUGCCGAACUUGAUGCCGAAAUUGAGCUGGAAAUGUUACGUGCACAGGGAACUCCAUCCAGCAACAUUGGGCAAAACCCUACCCCUGACAGCAGAGGCACGGGAUCUAGCCAGGAUUCACUAAGAUUUGAAUCACCAGUACACGUAAAACAAUUAACGGAGGAUCCUCGAAAUAGCAACUCCGGAGAAGGGAAGCAAACAGAAAACUUGCUAACUGUUCGGAAAGCCUCUGUAUCUCGAAUGCAUUCUCUGCCAAAUGAUAGCUACAUGUUCCGACCUGUUAGAUCAGUCCAAGCUCAUUUUCCACUGCCUGAAGUUGAUCCCUAUCAGGUUACAUCACUCACAGGCUCCAUGUCUUCAGUGCAGUCCCAGCCUGUUGAAGUCUCUGCUUGUCCUGGAUUUCCCCCUGAGGUAAUUCAUCAUAACUACGCUUCGACCAGCUACAUCACCCUCCCCAAAAUCCCUCCUCCACAGAGACCACCGCGAUCACCCAGUAUGAACAGGCUGCAACAUAGACAGGAGUCUAUCAGGAAUGAUUCUGUGGAUUGUUUGAAUGCUGACUCUAAGAACAGCCUAAAGAUUCAGUCCAAUGACGGCCUGCACCCAAAUCUUUCACCUCAUCGCAUCCUGGUUCCGCCGCUGAUACACCCGACACCGUUGUCUCCAAAGGUCAGCCCCCAACCUUCGCCGCUGCUGACACAACGCAGCAAGCAGUCAAGCGUCCACACGCACAGACAGGUCUACAGCCAGCGAAGCAUCCCGAGCCGCUCUCCCAGCCCCAGCAGCGGAAGCAACAGCCCGGCCGGCUCCCUCUUCAACUCCGGGGACUGGGCCGACGAGGAGGUGUGGCACAUCAACCGGGCCAGAAACCGGAGGAGGCAGUCGGAAGCCAGGAGCCUGUCGCUGUCACCUUUCCUCUCUCCCAGCCCGUCCGAUGUGGCCUUAAAGAAUUCCAACAGCACAACGAGUCUGGCUGGAGUUGUCAGGGAGAAGGAUUUAAAGAAGUUACUAAAUAUUGAUGCCAAGGGACUUUUAAUGAAGCCUUCUUGGGCUGUUGACUCCAGGAGACAUUCCAUUGAAAUAUGUCCAUCGACUGACCAUGAAGACGCAGACUUGGAGCUUGAAGGCAAGUCUUCUGGCGAAGGUAACCCGGAGCCUUCCGUCCAUAUUCAUUCAGAUCCUGAAUGUGUUCUUAAUGCCCAAAGGAAGGAGAAGAUGAGUCCACCUUGCAUCUCAGUAGAGCCUCCGGUCGAGAGGGAAAGCAGGCCAGCUUCUGAAUCCCGACCCAGGAUACAUUUACGCAGGCGCACGCCAUCUAUUGAAUCGGUGGUCCAUAGAGAUACUUCACAACCCACAGAUCUGCAGCCUGGGGAGCAGACAUCCAAAACAGAGCGCCGAUUGCCCCCUGCUUGUCAAAGGAAACAUCUUACCAUUCCAGACUUUUCAUUUGACCAAUCCGACAUGAGUUCAUUAACCAGUUUGUCUGACCUGUUUUCCGACAGCAACCACUCAACUCCUUCGAAUAUCUCGGCAGAUUCCAAGGUGGCCACCGACUUGAAGAAAGUAGACCAUUUAAAAAAGCCAGGUGAAAACUCUGACCCUCACAAUGUUGAAACCGGUAAAGAUGUUCUCAACGUCACCAGAAGCCCCCUUAGGAAGCGGGGACUUACUCGAAUGGUUAGCACACGGGAAGACACAGAUGACUUUGUGGUAUAGCUGGCAUGGAUGUACACCGGGGCAAAAUGACUUAAUUCAUGCCAGUUAACCAAUGUAAAGCAGAGACAAUCACUCUGGCUAAUGGAACCUGUCGUUUGAUCCCUUGUCAUUGCUUCAAGGAGUUUGUAAAGGGAUGCAAAAAAAAAAUGGGAUAUGCAAACAUUUUUAGAAUGGAACUUGAUUAGCUCCCCAUAGCUCAAUCACAUUGAUUUGAGUCAGAAUUGUGUACUGGCACUUUAUUGUGCAAACCCACAGUAUACAGAAGUGCAGAAAAGAUGAGAACUGUACAAUGCUGUAAUGUUUGCAAUGUACAUACAAAUAAUUACGUAUUAGUGACAAAUAAUUUAAUUAUGUCUUCAUAAUGCACAUAUUUUUAUAUAGAACAGUAAUGUUUUGCACACUUAAAAUUGAAAUCAAAGUUGAGUGGUGUUUUCUGGUGUUUGGGUGGAAUGUAUAUAAUUUAGAUUUUUAUUUUGGUUUCCUUUUCUGCUUGCUCAUACUAGCCGUAUAUUCUAAAUGUUUACUUUUUUUUGCGUAAAGCUCCUUUAUCGAGAACCAAAUUACUACUGGAUUGUAGUCAGUGCAAUAAUAGAUUAAUUCAUUGUUUUUUUUUAAACAAUCGUGUUUUCAACCAGUCUAAUUUGCAAUAAAUUAAAGAAACCAUAGAGAAUAAUAAGGCUUACUAAUAUUAGGAACACAUCGAACAAAAAAAAAUUAAAAUUAAACAGCAAGUUAUUUAUUCAAUUGCAUUUUCAUUACAGUUUGGUAAGUUAUUGAUGGUAUUUGUAACGUUACAUGCAUUUCCUGGUCAGUGGUGUUCUGUGUAACCUUUGAAAGCAAACCUGUUUAUGUUUACUAUAUUGCAUCUAUCAUGCCAAGGGGGAUAGCUGUGACUUCAUUCCUAAACGCCUGUUUCUGUGCUCAACUUUUAUUUGAGC